AUUAUAAACAGAUUAAUAACAACUUUUUUUUUUCUCGGAUAAGAAAAAAAAAGACGACAAAGUCCCAAGUUUCCUUCGAAACUGAUUGUUUUUCAUAUAAUAGUAACUCAAAAUAUAUGAGCAGUUUUAACAACAAGGCACUUCACCAAGGAAAAAGGAGAUAUCUUUUGUAAAUUCCAAGGACGUGAACAUUCCAUCUUCGUAAAUUAUGACAUCGUUACGCAGAACGAUAAUGGAGAAGAAGGAUUUCCUUGGCAGAUGCCUGUUUUUAUAUUUAACUUAUGCAGUAUCAUACGUGACCUCAGAAAAUACCUAUCUUAUCAUUUCGCCGAACACAAUUCGGCCAGGACAUAAUCUCACAAUCCAGGGGUCACUCCUAGUUGAUCCUUUAACCCCUGUGGAAAUUACAGCUACGUUAGAAAAGGGGAUUAAAAGGGGGUUUGUGCGAGGAUUUUUUGCGUUUCCACCUCCAGAACCGACAACUUCGACGCAAAUUCCAAUCAAACCAGAACCAUUUAGUACAACGCGGGCGACGUUGGCGGACAAACAUGCUCAAGAUAUAAUUCUUCCGAUACCAGACGACCUACCGGAAGGACAGUAUAUCCUUAAAAUUGUUGGUACAGGAGGACUAACAUUUGAAAAGUCUACAGACAUAAAUUAUGAUAGCAAAAGUCAUUCAGUGUUCAUACAGACAGACAAGGCCAUUUAUAAACCUGGUCAAACUGUACACUUUAGAAUAUUUGGUGUGACUCCUGACCUUAAAGUAAUCUUUGACAAGAUGGAUGUAGAUAUAUUUGAUCCUGUCGGUAACAAGAUUAAUCAGUAUGGCGUCACGAAAAAGGAGCUGAUGGAAGGUGGAGGUAUCUUUGAAACUGAACUGCCUAUGUCAGACGCACCUGUGCUUGGCGACUGGAAAAUCAAAGUGUCUCUUGGAAAAGAGAAGACAGAAAAGACAUUCACUGUCGACGAAUAUGUGUUACCAAAGUUUGAAGUAUCUGUUGAACUGCCACCUUACGGAAGAACUAAAGACACAGACUUUGAAGGGAAAGUGACAGCAAAGUAUACUUACGGAAAUCCCGUGAAAGGUAUCGCAGAUGUGAGGAUAGAACUCGAGCAUCCUCGUUUCAACUGGAUAAAUGGUACAAGGGUCAAGGUCAGCAGCGAAAUUGAACUACAGUUACCGAUUGACGGGACUGCAACAUUCUCAGUACCUAUGAAGAGACUCAAGAGUAUUGAGAAGUUCAUGGACAGACGGUUUUUUAAAGUUGGAGCUAACGUCACCGAAACUCUCACAGGAUCCAAACUCUCCGCAACGCCAGAGAAGAUUCAGUUUUUUGACAAAGCAAUAAAACUAGAUUUUCCAGAUUCUUUACCGGACAACUAUAAACCAGGACUAAACUAUCUUGCAGUGUUGAAAGUUGCAGAACAGGACGAUUCUCCACCCAGUAUAAAGAAUGGUAAGGUGUCUGUCAACGUCACGUUCUAUAGACCGAUUGUUACCACCACUACCACCACCACUACAUCUACCACACAACCACCACCUCCACUGAACAGCACUGGAGGAAUAAUUUUGGAGAGAGAGAUUAGACCUGAAAUAAUGAUAUCACCUCGUCGUUGGUGGUGGCCCAGGGAAAAAGAAGAGAAACAACCGGAAAUGUUCUUUCCUAUACCCAGUGAUGGUAUUAUAGAGAUUCCCCUGAAUAUACCUGCAGAUGUUACCAGAGUUGAUAUUGCGGCUGAAUAUGACGAAAUUCGUGCUUACCAUAACAUAAAGAAAUCAAACUCGCCAAGUGACAGUUUUCUGCAGUUACGACUACUUACAGAUAACCCAAAGACAGGAGAUGUAGCAGGGAUACAAAUACGUUCCACAGACCCAGCGCAGAAAACAGCAGCAUAUCAGGUUAUUUCAAAAGGAGAUGUUGUGCUAUCUGGGACAGUUGAUCUUACACCAGGUAUUCUGAACUUCCCUGUAACAGCAGAUAUGGCACCAAAAGCCAAACUCAUGUUGUAUUAUGUUAGACCAGACGGGGAAGUUGUAGCAGACGGUCUUACCUUUAAUGUGGAAGGUAUUUUUGAAAACCAGGUGCAGAUUAACUUUGACAAACCUCAAGUACAGCCCGCCGACAAAAUCAAGCUGACAGUCAAUGCCGAUCCGGGAUCAAAGGUCAACGUCUUGGCUGUAGACAAAAGUGUACUUCUUCUAAAAACCGGAAAUGAUGUAACAGCAGAUGAUGUGAAAAAAGAGUUGCAACAGUAUGAUACAAAAGGCGGCAGACAUCCAUGUGCAGACUUUUUCUGUUGGAGAUGGCCAAUGCCUGCCCAAGGAGACGACGCACAUGAUGUUUUCAAUGGUGCUGGACUGGCCUACAUUACAGAUGCACUGAUCUAUAACCAUAAAGAGCCUUGGACGGGGCCUAUGCCGAUGAUGAGGCGAGGUGGAGUGAUGAUGGAUGUACCUAUGAUGGCUUUUGCUGGGGCACCUGGUCCACGCCCAGUUCCGGAGAGAGCGCAAUUAAAAACUGCUAAACGAGUCCGAAAAUUGUUUCCUGAAACGUGGAUGUGGCGUUCGCAAAAAUCUCCAGGAAAUGGUACAGUUGUAUUUGAAGACACUGUCCCCGACACAAUUACAUCUUGGAUUGCCACAGCUUUUGCAGUUCACCCAUCUUCUGGUCUAGGCGUUUCAGAGUCGUCCGCAAAGCUAAACACAUUUAUGCCUUUCUUUGUGAGUCUUCAACUGCCGUACUCAGUGGUUAGAGGAGAGAAGGUUAUACUGCAAGCAAAUGUGUUCAAUUAUAGUCCAUAUCCAUUGUUUGCAUAUGUACUUCUCAAAAGAAAUCCAGAGUACGAAAACAUUCAUAUAACCUCAUGGUGGACAAGCACUUACUCAGCUGAUGUUGCCAGAUUCGUUAAGAUUGAGCCUAACUCAGCUGCAGCAGUGUAUUUCCCUAUUAUCCCUAAAAAGAUCGGGAAAAUCAAGGUUCAAGCUCAUGCACAGUCACUAUAUGCAGCAGACGCCGUUGAAAAACAACUCUUAGUAAAGCCUGAAGGAACACCGCACGAAUACAAUAUUCCAACACUGAUCAAUCUCAAGCAAACCCCAAACUUUAGCACCACAAUUCCCAUUUCAUUCCCUAUGGCAACUGUAAAAGGAUCUGAAAGAGUUCUCGUCACUGUAGUAGGUGAUCUAAUGGGACCUAGUAUAAAUGGCCUGGAUUCCCUACUUAAAAUGCCAUAUGGUUGUGGUGAACAAAACAUGCUUAAUUUCGCUCCGAACAUCUUUAUCACCGAAUACCUCACCACAACCAACAACUUGGACGAAGGAACAUUCCAAAAAGCAAAGAACUUUAUGAUAAAAGGUUAUCAACGUGAAUUGACAUACCAGCAUGAUGAUGGGUCUUUUAGUGCUUUUGGAAACAGUGAUAAAUCAGGAAGCAUGUGGCUGUCUGCAUUUGUUCUCAAGUCCUUCGUCCAGGCAAAGCCGUAUAUUUUUGUCGAUGAUGACGUCAUUAAGAAGACUGUUUCUUGGAUCCUUAAAUAUCAGAACGAGAACGGCUCGUUCCCGGAGCCCGGUCGUGUUCUUCACACAGAAAUGCAGGGAGGCUCUACGGCUGGUGAACGGUCUCUAACAGCCUUUGUACUGGCAGCAUUACUGGAAGCUCGAGUAGUGGAGAGGGUCGAUGCUCAAAUAAACAAUAGUGUACAAUUAGCAAUGAAGUUCUUGGAGGAUCAGUUACCAUUGACAACGGAUAUAUAUGAAACUGCAAUAAUAGCUUAUGUCCUUACAUUGGGUGGAAGUCCUCGUGCCAAAGAAGCAAUGGAUAAACUCCAGGCCAUGAGUACAGUAGAGGGUGGAAUGAAAUACUGGAAGAAAGCUACAGCACCGACAAAUCCUGACCUCAAUCCAUGGGAGAAGGACAAGGGCAAAGCGUUGAAUAUUGAGCUGACUGCCUAUGCCCAACUGGCUCUUACGGCUGCCAAUAACCAUGACGAUAGCCUCCAGGUUCUAAAAUGGCUGACCAGCCAGAGGAAUCCAAAUGGUGGCUAUUCUUCGACGCAGGACACGAUUGUUGCUCUGCAAGCAUUGGCAAAGACAGCCGCUAAAGUAUAUUCAAAGGACUUCAACGCAAAUGUCAUCGUAACUGGACCAACAGGAUCAAAUAUGCGAGAACAGUUUACUGUAACUAAUGACAACGCACUGGUUUUACAGAGCCGAGAGCUUCCUACCGAUAUAUCUGAAGUGAACAUUGUUGCCAAUGGCACAGGACUUGCACUGGUAGAGGUGGCAGUGUUUUAUAACAUCGAUCGGGAUGACGAUAAACCGAGCUUUUAUUCAAAGAUCACAAUUCCAGAGGAAUCUAUAGAUCAUUUUGUGGUUGAAGUUUGUACCAGUUAUCUUAAGGAAGGUGCAGCUGGUAUGUCAGUGAUAGAGAUAGGCUACCCGUCAGGUUUCACUGCAGACAAAGCUGGAAUUAGUAAACAUAAAAUGCUCAAACGUAUAGAAGAUGGUGAUAAGAAAAUUAUUCUGUAUCUAGACGAGAUAGGGAAGAAAGAAAUGUGCUUCAGAGUACCAAUGGAGAGAUCAGACCUUGUCGCAGGAGCACAACCUGUCCCAGUGAAAGUGUAUGAUUAUUAUGAGCCAACCGACCAAGUGACGUCGUUCUACGUCCCUGAAGCUAUUCGUAAGUCAGAUGUGUGUGGAGUCUGUAAAAAGGAGUGUGAUUUCUGUCAGGAAAAGCGUAGACCAUGGUGGAGACAAUAGGACUGAUACCAAUAUUCCAAUCAGUAACCAGGGCAACGUUAUAAUUAUGUUGUACCGGCAAGAAACAUUUAUGCCAAUUUAGAAAUAUGUGUUCUAGUGUUUUAUAAAGACUGAAAAACUAAGAUGCAGAUAUUUUUGCUCCACUAAAGUGUUGAUUUCUAUGAAAUAUACCAAGUAAUUAUGUAUCACCAAUGACUAUACUGCUUCCCAUGUAAUAUUGUAUUCGUCAAGAAAUAAAAUGGACUACAUUUUACCAUUUACGCCAAAUGUAUUACGACCGCGUCCCCUCAGAUGUGCUGACAAGUUAAAGUUUCGUCGUCUCGUUUCUGAGAAGUUGUUUAUAGGAGCCAUGGUCUUAGGUUUGGCUUAAUUUCCAUUACAGAAGUGAGUUUCCUUCCUAUUGGCUAGCCUUCGGUUAGCUUACACUCUGAACUUGUUUGUGCCAUAUUUGCAUGAUGUAUAAAUGGUACCUUUUUGUAACAGAUUUUUUUACUUUCCAUUGUAUUUUGUUUUAUCUGUACUUUCUUCAUAAUAAUAUCAAUUUUUACAAGUACAAUAUGUUGUCCUCCGUAUAAUCAGUUCAUUUAAUAGAAAACAUUUGUUUUAAAUACUACAGUAUGUCAAUAAUAUUUCAAAUAUAAAAUAAUUUUGAUAAAUAUGUUGUUUUGCUUUAA